AAGCAAGUACACCAGCAUCCGAAGCACCCGGGAGAAGAAGUACAAAGCGCGCGCACUGGGCCACCCUAUCGAUCCCACACGUCUCCGCAUCCAGAUCAGAGGCUCAGCAAUAUUAGCAGCGUACGUAUCCAGCGGCCAGUGUGCAGAACAUCGCAUCGUGCUGCUGAUAUUGUCCCGUGAAAAUGGCCAGGAAACAUUCGCGUGUGACGCCUGCAAUGCUCAGCUAGUAGUAAGAGAGAUCUGGCCGUGCCGUGGACGUGUGGUGACAUCGCAGUCGACGUAGACGGAGGACGCUCGACAGCAAGAGUCGUUAGCACCUCCUGGGGCAUGACGGCCAAGUCUGGAGGAACCUCAAGAAAGCCAUGAAUAGUGUUUCAAACUAGGAUGGUCUGGAACGAUCGAAUGUUCUCGCUGGUGGCUGUUGCCUUCCUUUUCGUCAGUAUGCUUCCAGGUUCACAACAGGGGCCACACGAAAAGCUGCUGCUCAAUAAUUUAUUAUCCUCAUACAACGUGCUCGAGCGACCAGUUGCGAACGAGUCGGAACCACUGGAAGUGAAAUUUGGCCUAACCUUACAGCAAAUUAUAGACGUGGAUGAAAAGAAUCAGAUUCUUACGACAAAUGCUUGGUUAAAUUUGGAAUGGAACGACUACAACCUGCGAUGGAACGAGACGGACUACGGGGGCGUCAAGGAUUUGAGAAUAACGCCAAACAAACUGUGGAAACCCGACGUCCUUAUGUAUAACAGUGCUGAUGAGGGUUUCGACGGGACAUUCCAAACAAAUGUUGUGGUCAAACAUAACGGCAGCUGCUUGUAUGUCCCUCCCGGUAUCUUCAAGAGCACAUGCAAGAUAGACAUUACGUGGUUCCCAUUCGAUGACCAACAUUGUGACAUGAAGUUUGGUAGCUGGACCUAUGACGGCAACCAGCUGGACCUAGUGUUGAACUCCGAGGAAGGAGGCGACCUUUCAGACUUCAUAACGAACGGAGAGUGGUACCUGUUAGGGAUGCCAGGGAAGAAGAAUACCAUCGUCUACCAGUGCUGCCCCGAGCCGUACGUGGACGUAACGUUCACGAUCCAGAUAAGAAGACGCACGCUGUAUUACUUCUUCAACCUGAUCGUUCCUUGCGUGCUGAUCUCGUCAAUGGCGUUGCUGGGUUUCACUCUGCCGCCGGACUCCGGCGAAAAAUUGACACUAGGUGUCACCAUACUUCUUUCAUUGACAGUAUUUCUGAACCUAGUAGCUGAAAAGAUACCGACAACGUCAGAUGCUGUACCGUUAAUAGGAGUGACCAUCUUGCUCUCGUUGACCGUGUUCCUGAACCUCGUGGCAGAAACCUUGCCCCAAGUAUCUGACGCCAUUCCCUUGUUAGGGACCUACUUCAACUGCAUUAUGUUCAUGGUAGCCUCCUCUGUCGUACUGACAGUUGUCGUUUUAAACUAUCACCAUCGAACCGCGGACAUUCACGAGAUGCCGCAAUGGAUCAAAUCCGUGUUCCUCCAGUGGCUGCCGUGGAUCCUAGGGAUGAGCCGACCCGGUAAGAAGAUCACGCGAAAGACGAUCCUCAUGAACAGCAGGAUGAAGGAGUUGGAGCUGAAGGAGCGUUCCUCGAAGAGCCUGCUGGCCAACGUUCUCGAUAUCGACGACGACUUCCGUAGCGUUUCGGGGGCCGCGAGCGGCGGCAACAACGCCACCAUGACCACCAGCCUCGGUCCGGGUUUCAUAAGGCAUCCGACGACAAUAGAAGACACGGCCAUCCCCGGUUCCGGCGGACAGCGCGACCUCCAGAACAUCCUGCGGGAGCUGCAGUUCAUCACGAACCGCAUGAAGAAGGCUGACGAGGAGGCGGAGGUGAUCAGCGACUGGAAGUUCGCCGCCAUGGUGGUCGACCGGUUCUGUCUCAUAAUAUUCACAAUGUUCACGAUAAUCGCAACAGUUGCAGUGUUGCUGUCGGCACCUCAUAUCAUCGUUCAGUAAAGGCGCUGAGGCCACGAACCGAUUAAAGACGCGACUGUAGAGACUCUGAAGAACUUACUGUGAUAAAACAGCAGAUCGUGUCGGCAGUUCGGCACAAGCAGCAAUGUGCAAAUGUGCCUUCCCUGUGGAACAUUCACGAGCUGUUAACAACUAAAAGGCAGGCACCUAUGUGCACGUACAUUGCUAAACGCUGCACACCGUACUGCUGUGGGGCCGUAGGACAAAGUACACCUGGUCGGAAUGUAUUCGCGACGCCCUUGAACGGACUCCGGACAUGCCACGUGUCCCAUCAUUCCACACGCUAUAAUCACACACUAAACCGGUGCCGAGUCGGUACUUGUUAUUCAGUACUUCGUGCAAGUAGCUAGUUUGGUAGAGUAUCAUUAGUUCGAGGUACACACGUGUCUGCCUUUUGUUCGCCCAUUGAUAAAAAAAAAUAAAAGGUGUCCACCUACAUUAAAACCUAUUGUGAUGAACUUCGCAAGAUAAUUAAUAAAGUUAAAUAUAAUGAUGAGUUACCUAGAAUAAAUAGUAUAUAAAUAACCUUAACGUGGGUAAAAACAGCGUUCGUUUUAUACUGGACCAGGCGACCGGCGGGCUACGUCGGCCUAGGCGAGUCGCGGUUGUGCGGCCAAGCCGUCGUGUCCCAUUUUUUUUGGCGCACACCCGCCAGACCCUAGCUCCGUACCGGCGUCGAGCUACGCCCAGUCGCUGUCCGCCGUGUUAUGGACGCCAGGUGCCCGGCUAGUUUGGCCAUCGGCCAUCGGUUCUUCCAAAUCUCACCCCCAUCCGAGUACGUCAUAGUGGAACACUCACACGCAUACUCAAUUCGUGCUUUUAUUUUUUACCAACGAUAUGCUGCUGCGCCCGUCGGGUACAUGGCGUCUAAUCUCCUACUUUUAUAUCAUGUAUUUAUACUAAUUUAUAUUUAAUAAACUUCGAAUUUUUCAUUACCAUGACAAAUUCUAUUACCUAGUAAUGGUGAAAUGGAUAACUAACCUGAUAACUAUAACAAUAAUAUUGUUUAAUUAAUAACAUAUUAAUUAACAAUAGAUUUAAUACCAUUUUAAUAAAAAAAAAAUGUUUCUUUGGGCAUUUUAUGAUGUAGUAGUAAUAAUUAUCAGUCACAUAUCUCUAAUUUCGCCGUAUAAUCUCCCAUUGGGCUAUUUGGCUGCGACGCGACACUUUUAACUGCAGCUCCAAAUGCGACCAAAGAAGAAAAAUAUCUCCUAUUCUGAAAUAGUCUCGUUAGAUUACGGUCACUCGCUUUUUCUAAUUCAGUCAACUAUUUCUCGAAUGAGAGGGACAAUCGAAUGAAGCGACCAAAUAGUCUAGAACCGCCAGUUGUCCAUCCUUACUUAGGCUAGUAUCGCAGAGACGUGUACCCGAUAUUUAGAAAUCGAAAUAUACAGUACCUAAUGUUAUCCCAUCCCCCUAGCUUCAUUCAUUUAAAUAAAAUAAAAGUUAUGCUCAACUAUCACUUGCGUUGCGUUUGCUAUAUCAUAUGUUUAUAUUACGUUAUCCUGAUGCUGGAAUUACAAAUGAUUAUGUCGGAUAAAUGUAUAUGGUAUGAUUGAAAAUAAAAGCAAAUAUCAGUUUUA